AUGGAUAUGGCUUAUUAAUAAUUCUAUUUAUUGAUUGGAGGAAUUAGAUCAAAAUAUCAGAAAUCUAAACAAUAAUUCAUUAACUUAGAUUCUAAAUAAAUGAAUUCUUUCUUUGCAUAAAGUAUUAAAUUCAAAUCAUUUGAAUAAACAAACUUAAUAUUAAUCAAAUAAUCAAUAUAAGAUUUUCAAGAUUCAAUUGUAAAAUUAUUAUCUGAUUUAAAAUUAACUGAAUUAAAUUAUUAUCAAAUAUCUAAUUUAGAUAUUAAUAAAUCAGAAGAAUUAUAUAAAAAAGGUAAUAAAUCUAUUAAAUUAGGUUAUAAACUAUAUU